AUGCCACUGCUCGCUGUUCAAGGAGCGAAGAUCGUUGAUGAUGAGGGGAAUGAGAUUAUACUUCGCGGUGCUGGUCUCGGUGGAUGGAUGACAAUGGAGAACUUCAUUUCAGGAUUUCCUGGGUGUGAGUAUCAAAUACGUGAAAGCCUAGCGGACACGAUUGGCAAGGAAAAGGCAGAAUUCUUCUUCCAAAAGUUUCUUGACUAUUUCUUCGCCGAAGACGAUGCCCGAUUCUUCCACUCCGUCGGCCUGAACUGCAUCCGUAUCGCCAUCAGCUAUCGGCACUUCGAAGACGAUAUGGCGCCCCGCGUGCUCAAGCCCAAUUGCUUCGCGCAGCUAGACCGCGUCAUCAACGUGUGCGCCAAAUACGGGAUAUACACCAUCAUCGACAUGCACACUGCGCCUGGCGGGCAGAACGGGGGCUGGCACUCAGACCACGGCUCCCCCCUCGCGCGGUUCUGGAUCCAUAAAGAUUUUCAAGAUCGCCUGAUAUGGCUGUGGGAGCAGGUGGCCGCGCAUUACAAAGCCCACCAGUGGAUCGCGGGGUACAACGUCCUCAACGAGCCCGCCGAUCCGCACGCGCAGCACGCGCGGCUGCUCAGCUUCUACGACCGGGCGUACAACGCCAUCAGAGCCAUCGACACCGACCAUAUCAUCUUCUUCGACGGGAACACGUAUGCUACUGAUUUCACGAAGUUUCCGGACGAUGCGGGCGCGAAGUGGGAGAAUACGGCGUUUUCGAUACAUGAUUACUCAGUUUAUGGAUUUCCUAAGAGUCCGGAGCCGUAUGACAGGACAGAAGGACAGAGAGAUGUGAUGAGGCGCAGCUACGAGCGCAAGAGGGCUUGGAUGGAUGCGAGGGGGUUGUGUGUUUGGAAUGGGGAGUGGGGACCUGUGUACGCCAGGCCUCCAUAUGACGGUGACGCGACCGACGCUAUCAACCAGCGAAGGUACAACGUCCUUGAAGAUCAACUAGAAAUAUAUAACAAGGCAAGUUUUUGUAUAUUGAUGGAUCGGCUUAGUUGGUCUAUCUGGCUUUACAAAGACAUAGGCUUCCAAGGGAUGGUCUACGUAUCCCAAGACACCCCCUAUAUGACGCGCUUCCGCGACUUUCUCGCCAAGAAGUACCGAAUGGCCGUCGACUCCUGGGGUGCCGACGAUAGAUAUGUGAAGAAGAUUUACGAGCCGAUCGUCGGAUUGAUCAAAGAAGCUUGCCCAGACGCCGAUACGAAGAGGUUGUACCCACCUAUCUGGAGCCUGGAAGAGAGGGUGGCUCGAUAUUCUAGGCAGACGCUGGUGGCUGAGUACCUUGUGGGGGAAUGGGCGAGUAUCAUGAAGGGGCUAGAUGAAGGGGAUUUAGAGGAGUUGGCGAAGUCGUUUGCGUUUGAGAACUGCGCAAAAAGGGAAGGGCUGAAUGAUGUCUUGAGGAAGUACGCUCCCGAAGCGAAAUAG